AUGAGUCGCUUUUCCUGCAUCUUCCCUACCUUGACGGAUGGGUAUGUCCCGAAUCCAGAUAACACUCGUGCCGCAGGUCAGCGAACAUACGCGAUCGACCUGAGCAGAAGAAACGCCCCAAGCAGUGAGACAGAAUCCCACAUUCUAGCGGCCUGGGGCCUCGUUCUAUACAGCUAUGUAGGCACCGACGAAGUGGCUUUUUACGUUGUACCAAAGAGUGGUCCGGACACGACAGCGUUGGCCGAGUUGAAGGUCGAGGGAGACAUGUCUCGCCAGGCCCUCACUCACGCUGCCGAGCAAUUGUUCCCCACAGGAUCCGUGGGUGCCGGUCAGGUCUCCGGGGAUACGGCCAAUACCAUCAUCGACUUUGCGAACGAUAUUGAGUCGUUAUUCGUUACACAGACCGAGGAGUCCUUCCUAUCGUUACAUGUUCAUGGUGAUGAGCAAGGACACGUCUCCCUCUCUCUUACCUACCACCUUUCUCUCUUGACCGACCUGCAGGCAGCAAAUGUGGGCACUGCCAUGGCCCAGGCGCUGGCCGAGGUAGGGAAAGACGACUGCGACAGGUUAAUCAAGGACCUCAAUCUUAUGAGUCCGACACACCUGGAACACAUCUGGAAAUUUAAUGCCAAUGUCCCCGGUACCUGGGAGGAGUGUUUCCACGAUGUGAUCGAGCGCCACGCCGCGAAUCGCCCACACUCCUUGGCGGUCGAUGCCUGGGACACGAAGCUCACCUAUGCCGACCUCGUAAGGGAGGCAAGUCUGCUCGCCGCGUACCUGCAGCAGCGCGGCGUGCGUCCCGGAUCUGUGGUCCCCAUUUCGUUCGAACGGUCGGGAGCGGCUCUGGUUGCCAUGCUGGCUGUGUCCAAGGCCGGCGGAGCCUUCGUCAGUGUGCCCCCGAACCUGCCUGCUGGACGACUCGACGCUAUUCUGGAAGUCAUCGAAGCGCCGUUUGUGGUAACUUGGUCGAAGUACGAAUCAUUCUGGGCUGAACGCCUGCCCACGCUCCCUAUCGACAACUAUCCCAAACCAUCUGCAGACGCGGCGGUAGAAGCUCUCGGCAAGCCAGAAGACCUUUUCUACGUGAUUUUCACUAGCGGUUCGACAGGCCGGCCGAAGGGUUGCAUGCUGUCCCACUCGAAUUGGCUCAACGGCGCUCUUCGCAACGCUCCUAGUUGGAAGUAUGGUCCCGAGAGCCGAGUCCUGCAAAUGCUGAGCCACACCUUCGACAUGAGUCUGCUGGAGAUCUGCACCAGUCUGGGAUCCGGGGCCUGCGUGUGUGUGCCGCGGACGGAGGAAAUUGAAACCAGCGUCUCCGACGCCAUCAACCGGUGGCAGGUGAAUCAUGUUAUCAUGACACCUUCACUGGCCCGCGCCUUGAGACCCGACGACGUGCCGGGCCUGAAGACAAUGUGUUUGGGUGGUGAAGCCUUCCCCAAGGAGAUCGUCACCAUGUGGUCCGAGCGGAUUAAUCUGUGGCAGUUCUACGGCCCCAGCGAGUGUUCCAUUAACUCGUCGUCGCGGGCAAUCACACGGCCCGAUGCGGAUCCGUUGAAUAUCGGUCCUCCCAACUCGGCUGCUUGCUGGGUAGUAGAUACACAGGACUACAACAAAUUGGUUCCCGUCGGCGCUAUUGGAGAGCUACUGGUUUCGGGGCCUAUUGUCGGCAUGGGAUAUCUCAAGAAUCCCGUCAAGACAGCCGAGGCUUUCCUUGACCAAGUUGGAUUCGUGGCGAAAGAUGAUCCCCAAUUUGGCGGAUUCCGGUUCUACCGGACCGGUGAUCUCGUGCGGUGGAACUCGGACGGUACUAUCACCUUUUGUGGCCGUGCUGAUACGCAAGUCAAGCUCAAUGGCCAGCGGCUCGAACUGGCCGAGGUGGAAUACCAACUGGGGCUCGAGGCUGGCGUCCAGUACGCCAUCGCCAUGGCACCUCAAACUGGUCGGUGCAAGAACAACCUGAUUGCUAUUCUGACCGUCAAAGGCACCAGCACUAGCAACCAGGGUAAUGCUGCCGAGAUCUCACUGCUGGACCGCCGCGAUCCGAUUGUCCAGCAGACGGUGAAAAAGCUACGCUCGCAACUUCAGCACGCUUUGCCCCGAUACAUGGUACCAACCAUCUGGGCGUUCGUUGGGCGCAUGCCCAUGUCACCCUCUGGCAAGAUUGACCGCGUACAACUGCGGAACUGGGUGCAGGACAUGAGCCAGGAGGCGUUCGACGCAAUUACCGGUCGAAGCUUCGAGGCGGAAGACCAUGUUCUCGGCCUCAGCCGGCUCGAGCAGGAGAUCCAGCUGGCCUGGGCUGAAGCCCUGGGUCUAUCCGCCGCUGAGGUAGGCGUGCAGCAGCCAUUUGUCGCGCUGGGCGGGGAUUCCAUCAAGGCCCUCGAUGCCGUGGCUAGAUGUCGGGCUCGUCAGAUCAAGAUUAGCAUGGUGCAUAUCCUGUCUUGCGAAGGCGUCCGAGAGGCUGCCUCGCUGGCAAAAGUGCAGGAGACCCCUGCUCAGCAGGUGGCCGAGAUGGCGGUGGAUUACUCGGAUCUGUGGACCCGGCUGUCCACUGACUACGAGCUUGGCAAGCUGGGCAUCUCGCAGUUGGAAGAAGUGGAGGAUGUCUUCCCCUGCACCACCAUGCAAGAGGGCAUGUUCCUCGGCCAGAUUCGUCGGCCUGGAGCCUACCACAUGCGCUUCUUCCACCGCGUGCAGCUGAAGGGUGGUUGCCUGCCUCCCGUCGAACGCAUCCAACAGGCCUGGGCAGCCCUUGUCGAGAGACAUCCUUCAUUACGUACAGUCUUUGUAGAUGAUCUGUCCCCCGAGGCCAUUUACCAUUCGGUCGUGUUGCGGUCCGUUCCGAUGGAGCUUACAAUGCGUGAGGUCCCGCGCGACCUCAACCCCGAAGCCGCUCUCGCUAUGUUCACGGAGGAGCUCGUGCCCUUUAGGCCCAAUGCCCCAUUACACCGCAUGCUCUUGUUGACCUGCCGCGGUCGCGUUCCGUAUUUUAUGCUAGAAAUCUCUCACGUCAUCAUGGACGGCUAUGCGUUGUCGGUUUUCCGACGCGAGUUCAUCCAGGCCUGCUCCUCCACUGCCCCCCUGCCGCGAGGCCCAGACUACCGCAUGUUUGCUAAUUACCAUCGCACACGGCAAACCGAUGAGAGUGCAAAGUAUUGGACAGACUACUUAGCCGACUGCACAGGAUGUCACAUCCCUACUCAUGCGGAGGCUGCGCCGACGGAUGUUCCCCCUAAGUGGCCUCGGACGCUGCAGCGGCGCGACUUCGGCUUCGACAACAGCGCGGCGUUCCUGCAGCGAUGCAAAGAGCGCCAGGUUACACUCGCUUGUGCGAUCCGUGCUGCCUGGGCGCUGGUGCUGCGCGCCUACACCCAAUCCCAGGAUGUUUGCUUCGGCUACGUCUCCUCCGGACGCAACGUGCCGGUGCCCGAGGUCGAAACCAUCUUUGGUCUGUGUCUUAGUAUGCAGGUCUGCCGCGCAAAGCUAAGCGAGGCGUCCACAAUGGCUCGUCUCGCUAGAAAGAUCCAGGAGGAUUAUGUCGCUAGUUUGCCGUUCCAGCACUACCCGUUGGCAGAGGCACAACGCGGUCUCAAGCAAACACGCGGGCAGGGACUGUUCAACACAGCCAUCUCCAUGGAAUGGGUGCCUCCGACAGCGGAGGAUGAGAAUGCCUUGCUGGAUCUGGAGGAGAUUCGUGAACAGGAUGACCCGACUGAGUACGACAUCGCCAUUAGUGUGGAUGUCCACGAAGGCCACAUCAAACUGGGCUUCCUCUACUGGCCCAAUUUGACCGACUUCGAGAUCGCCCACCUAGCCGAGGCCCUGCAGGGUGCCCUGAACUGCUUCGCCUUCCAGCCCGACGAGGCCCUCGACUCUCUCACACUACUGCAGGCCAGUGACUUUUGCUCCACCCUGGGUGACAGGUCUACCAUGCUGCCUCUGGAAGCCGUCCGCGGCAACGUGAUGUCGAUGAUUGACGGCUGGGUGACCCGCCAGCCGGAAAGCGCUGCCAUCGACGGCUGGGAUGGAUCCUUGAGCUACAAGAAACUGCACGAGCAAUCCUCCUGGGUGGCUCACAAUCUUCUUCAUCAGGGCGUACAGCCGGGCGACCGCGUCUUGGUGUGUGCAGACCGGUCGAGUCGCACCGUUGCCACCAUUCUAGGCCUCGUUCGGGCAGGAUGCGUGCUGGUGCUUUCGACUCCGACGGACCCGGAGAAGCGCCUGCAAUGGCUGGCACAAAAGUGCAAUGCCGCCCUUGUCGUUGCCGAUCCUGCAUACGAGAAGCGCUUCGCGACUGCUGGUCCCCGUGUACUUUCAACAACCUCCGUUUGCGUCCCCGCAGCCUGGGACUACGAGUUCCCAGCUCUGGACGAACAGGACCUGGUCAGCAUUCUCUUCACCUCCGGCAGCACUGGCACCCCGAAAGGCACCUUGAUGGACCAUGGUGCACUCGCGACCAGCGUGCUCCUGGGCCAUGGCCGCACGUUACGCUUCUCACGCCACACCCGCAUGCUGCAUUUCGCCUCGCUGACUUUCGACGCCGCCCUGGCGGAGAUCUUCACUACCUUGGCACAUGGUGGGUGUAUCUGCGUGCCGUGCGAGGAAGACCGUCUCUCUGACGUCCCCGGUUGUAUCUCCCGCUUUGCGGUCAACACCGCUAUGCUGACCCCCUCCGUCGGGCGGCUGCUGGAUCCCGGGGCGCUGCCAACGCUGAAGGCCCUGGUCAUGAUCGGCGAACCGAUGUCCCGGCUGGAUGUGGAGCGGUUCGCACCCGUGCUUGACCUGUACAACGGUGCAGGACCUACGGAAACAUCAAUCAUGGUUACCAUUGCCGGACCGAUGAAACCUACUGAUGAUCCAGUGAAUCUGGGCUAUCCUGUGACCGGCGUCAGGUUGUGGGUGACUGAGGCUGAGAACCCGAAUCGCCUGGCUCCGUUGGGAGCAGUAGGGGAGUUGAUUGUCGAAGGCCGCUUGGUCACUCGUGGCUACCUGGAUGACCCAUCACGCACGCAGGAGGCCUUCCUUACCAGUUUGCCAUGGCUUCCGUCCCAGCAUGCCUUGUACCGAACAGGUGAUUUGGUUCGUUACGCUGACGAUGGCAGUCUACGGUAUAUGGGUCGGAAGGACACGCAGGUCAAGUUGCGCGGACAGCGCAUUGAGUUGCAGGAGGUCGAGUAUCAUCUGCGAAAGAUCUUGCCGCAGGCACAGGUUGUAGUGGAGAUGGUCGUUCCGGAGGGGAAGAUGCGUGCUCAAGCAAGCCUGGUAGCAUUUGUUAGUGGUCUGACGGCGGCAGAUGUUGAGUCGUCUUCGGCGUGCAAUUUUGAGGAGUCGAUGCCUAUGUCACAAAUUGUCUUUCCUAGGAGUGCCCUCCAAACGCUUGAGGAAGCCCUGCCUCGCCAUAUGAUCCCGUCGGUGUAUUACGCCCUGGACACGAUUCCACUCUCAAUCAACGGCAAGGUAGAUCGGCGACGACUGCGUGAGAUGGGUGCCGCACUGCUGGCAUCCAGUGCCGCUCAUAAAGGCGCCGUUGAUGAGAUGAGCGAGCCCGUCAAAUGGACGGCAGCUUCGGAGCUGGAGAGGACACUCUCGGAGCUGUGGGCUGCAACACUCGAACUGGAGGCUGAGGCAAUCCAUUGCGAUGAUAGCUUCUUUGAAUUAGGCGGCGACUCUGUCUCUGCCAUGAAGUUGGUGGCCAUGGCUCGGGAUCAAUUCAAGCUGUCGUUGAGCGUUCCUCAGAUGUUCAGAUAUCCAACCAUUCGUCAGCUUGCCGCGGAAUUUGGUGAGCCCGCUGGGCAGUCAGCAAGCUCAGCUUCGUCCACGACGGAGGAAGGCUUUACAUUCAGCACGCCAGACGAUUCCUCCACUAAUGACGGAGUCGACGACGACUUCUUACAGCUGGCCACCGCCCAGCUGGCCCAGCUGGCGCGAGAAAAGGGAAAGAAGGUGGAUAUUGCUUCUCUUCUGAAGCAGCUGCAGGGCAGUUCAUCUUCCUCCAAGACCCCGUCCGGGUCUUCCUCUUCAUCAUCCUCAUCAUCCAGGAAGAAGAAGUCAGCCAGGGUGGUAUCCCCAGUCAAAGUACCUGCGCCUGUCCCCGUGCCAUUUUCUUUGCUGGAUGGUGGCGCGGACGUUGUGGAGAAGGUUUGUGUAUACGCCGUGGACCAGUGCAAGAUUCCACACGAGGAUAUUGAAGAUAUAUAUCCCGCCACAGCUCUACAGGAGGGGAUGAUGGCGCUGAUGGCCAGGACACCCGGGGUUUAUACAACAACAUUGACAUGUGAGCUUCCUGAGCAGGUCGACUUCGCACGGCUGCACGCCGCGUGGGAUAAGACUGCCGAAGCGCAUCCAAUUUUGCGGACGCGGAUUAUCCUGACCGACAACAACACGGCAAUGCAGGUUGUGCAGCGUGCCAAAGAGCUUCCAUGGGACACGUAUUAUCUUCAGGAUGGCGACAUCCUCCCAGACCUAACGUCGAACAUGACCCUUGGAUCUCCCCUUCUGCGCCUGGCUGAGAUUCACCGGCAAGACCAGCCUCGGAUGCUGAUGGUGGCCAUCCAUCACGCUCUCUAUGACGGAUGGUCGAUGCCACUGCUAAAACAGGCAGUUGAGGAUGUCUAUCAUGGUCGGCCCUUGCAGUCACAGCCCUUCACCCCAUUCAUUAACUACCUGAAUGCGGGAAAACCGGCGGCACAGGCCUUCUGGACCGCUCACCUAGACAGCUUCGCAGGAGGUGUCUUCCCUACUUUGCCCAGCAUCGACCACCAUGUCCAGCUGACGGAACGUCGCACCCGCUCACUGACCGUGCCAGCAGCGCUCCCCGGAUCCCAGUAUACUUUGGCGACGAAGAUCCAAACAGCUUGGGCCGUGACGGUUUCGCGAUAUGCAGAGGCUGAGGACAUUGUCUUUGGUACUGUGAGUACCGGUCGUUCGGCACCUGUGCCGGCGAUUGAUCGCAUGGUCGGUCCCACCAUCACGACUGUGCCUGUUCGCAUCUCGCUCAGUGACCAAGCAGAGCGUGUCAUCUCACUGCUGCAGAGGGUCCAAGAGGAUGGCUGGAACAGGAUGGAUCAUGAACACCUGGGUCUCCAGCACAUCCGCCGUCUCGGUGAAUCUUGUGCAGCAACUUGUAGCCUCCAGACGCUGUUAGUAAUUCAGCCUCGUGAACAACCCCGCGCCAAAUCUGGCUCAACCUUACUUGCAGGAUUGCAAGACGUGGCAGAACUCGAGGGCGUGGAUACGUACCCGUUAAUGUUGGUGUGCGAGCCUGAUGGUGCCAGUCUGCAUUUAACUGCCAUGUUUGAUCCAGCUGUUCUGGACGAAGUCAUGUUGGGCCGGAUGCUCGCACAUUGGGAGCUCAUUCUCACCCAACUGUGGAGCGAACCGGAUAUGGCAGUGAUGGAACUUGAUGCCUUAUCGCACAGUGACAGGCAGACCCUGGUACGAUGGAAUGCCGGCGAAAGAGUUGCUGAUGGAUGUGCCCAUGAUGCGGUGCAUGAGUGGAGUGUCCGCACUCCUCAUGCACCCGCUGUCUGUGCCUGGGAUGGUGAAUGGACCUACGAGGAGCUAGAGAAGUGCUCUUCUCUCAUAGUCCGUCAGAUCCUGGCACAUGGUGUCUCCUCCGGAGACUUUGUUGCUCUUUACCACGAAAAAUCCAGGUGGGCGGCGGCCGGAAUCCUCGCGGUGUUCAAAGCCGGCGGCAUUCUGGUUACCCUUGACCCGGCCCAUCCCAAGGACAGAAUCAAGGAUAUCGUGUAUCAAGCACGGCCGCGACUCAUCCUGACCUCCCAGUCUCUCCUCGGUGAGGCUCGAGAGCUUGAGGUCCCAGUCCUGAGUGUAUCAUUCGCAGCAUCACAGCAAACGCCCGAAGAAUGCUCCCCUCUACCCAUCGUAAGCUCCACCCAAGCUGCAUACGCUCCUUUUACCUCCGGUUCGACAGGUCGACCAAAGGGAAUAGUACUGGAUCAUCGGGGUCUGGCUGCUUCAACUGCAUCAGUAGCUCAUGCCUGCCUACUCCGCCCAGCAUCCCGGGUUCUUCAUUUUGCUAGCUUCGCCUUUGACGCUAGUAUGAUGGAACACCUGAUAGCAUGGCACGCUGGUGGCUGUCUCUGUAUCCCCGAUGAAACCGCAAGGCAGACGGAUCUGGCCAGCUGUAUCCGGGACUUCGAGAUUACUUGGGCCUUUCUCACACCUUCAUGUCUCCGACUAAUCACCCCCGAUGAUGUUCAGUCCCUUGAAGCCCUGGGACUAGGUGGGGAGUCCAUGACGUCCGAGGAUAUCUCCAUCUGGGGUCCGCGGCUCCGCCAGAUCGUCCAACUAUACGGUCCGGCAGAGUGUUGCAUUGUGGCCGCGUUGACAGAAGUGACAAAACCAUCGGAGAAUAGGUUGAUAGGGAGACCCAACGCCUGUCGAUGCUGGGUAGUUGACCCGCAGAACCCAGAUCGUCUGGCGCCCCUAGGCGCUGUCGGAGAGCUGGUAAUUGAGGGAAUCACUGUCGGCUGGGGCUAUAUUGACGAUCCCGAGCGAACCACUCAAGCAUUUAUACGACCUCCUACAUGGCUCCAAACACUGUAUCCGAAUAGCCAACAGCCAGGGCGCCUCUAUCGGACGGGAGAUCUCGUGCGGUAUGCUGGUGCAGAUGGCAAGCUGACCUUUAUCGGGCGAAGAGACGGUCAGCUCAAGCUUCACGGACAACGUAUAGAGUUGGCUGAUGUCGAAGCUCACCUCCGUCCCCUAAUGCCUGGCACGCAGAAGAUCGUUGUCGAGAUGGUUCACAGUGCGGACAACCAGCACCCCCUUUUGGCUGCCUUUGUGGAAGAACCAUUGGCGUCACAAAACCCAUCGGAGCAAGAGGUUGGUCUAUUGCACCCAAGUCAAACCCAAUGUGCCCUGGACGUCAAGGCCAUCGAUAGUGUGCUGUCUCGAAUGGUUCCCCAAUACAUGAUUCCCAGCAUGUAUCUACAUAUCUCCCGUCUACCCCUAAGUGCAUCUGGAAAGCUCAAUCGUCGCCACUUGCGUGAGAUUGUAGCAGAGUUUCCACGCCAGAGACUUAACGAAUACGCUGCUGGAUCAGGCCUCACGGUCCCCGACCGGCCGGUAACAGCUCAGGAGCGCGAAAUGCAGGCUAUCUGGGCGCGAGUAUUGUCACUUGAUCCGGACACAAUCGGAAUCAACGAAGACUUUUUCCGCAUCGGAGGCGACUCCAUUUCCGGGAUGCAGGUUGCCACGAAAUGCAAUGCGGCAGGCAUGCAUAUCACCGGUGCCGAUCUCUUCCGACACCGUACCAUCGAGCAACUGAUGCGCCAUCUUAGUGCUACCAGAAAGAGUGGCUGCGCGUCAAUCUCACUACCUGCCGAGCCGGUGGGCGAGUGGGUUGCUCUCGCCCCUAUCCAGCAACUCUUCUUCGAAAUCGCCCCACAGGGUCCGAAUCACUUCAACCAGAGCCUGCUCCUUCGCACUGGCCGCCGGGUCAGUGUAGAGGAACUCGCCGGAGGCCUAGAUAUUCUCGUUGAGCGGCAUUCUAUGCUACGCGCAAGAUUCUGUCGCGAUGAUUCCGGCCAGUGGUCCCAGCAGGUACGGUCGCUGGGUUCAUAUCCUGCUAGUGCCUUCUACCGGUUGGCCACACACAACCAGGUCGCUCCUCAGUCGCUGCCGACCCUUCUUACUGCGUCUCAGUUGGCACUGUCGAUUCAGGAGGGGCCGCUAUUAGCCGUUGAUCUGGUAGAUUUGGCGGAUGGUGCUCAGCUCGUCUACCUGGUCGCCCAUCAUCUCAUUAUUGACCUUGUCUCGUGGCGCAUCUUGCACGGAGAGCUGGAGGAAUACCUGCAGACAGGCUCCCUUGCUUCCGCUACAGGCUCGGUCUCCUUCUUGACCUGGAGUCGAGCACAGGCUGAAUACAGCGCCAAUCACCUCACGCCCACACGUGCUCUACCUGACUUUCAGGAAGCAAACGAUGGCUUCGAUGCCCCGAAGUACUGGGGAAUUUCUUCCGAGUCGAACACAUUCGGGCAGACAUCCAGUUCCAGAUUCACCUUAGACCGGACUGUGACCGACCAACUCUUCGGCAGCGCUAACAACGUGCUUGAUACUCGACCAGUUGAAAUCUUGCAAGCCGCCCUCUGGUACUCUUUCACUCGAUCUCUGACCGACCGUCCUGGUCCAAGCAUCUAUGUUGAAGGUCAUGGGCGAGAGCCAUGGACUGAAUCCAUCGACCUCUCGAGAACGGUGGGCUGGUUUACAACCAUGUCUCCUCUGGUGUCCGCUCCGUGGGAUAGUCUAUCACGGACAAGGAUGCGGGACUUCCUCGAUGCCCUCAGCUAUAUCAAGGACCAGCGCCGACGCAUUCCAGCUAACGGAUGGGCUUACUUCACCUCGCGCUACCUGAACGACGAAGGAAAGGUCGCGUAUGGGCGCAUGAAGUCGGUCGUGGAAAUUAUGUUUAACUACAUGGGCCAGUAUCAGGAGAUGAAUCGGGAGGACGCCAUACUACAGCUGGCCGGCGAUGACAUCCAGUCCGGCACCGGUGCUGCAGACAUUGCCGGCAACGUACCACGUUUUUCGUUAAUCGAUGUCAGCGCAUUCACUGCGAACGGGUGCCUAACCUUCGAGUUUAUAUUCCCUGAAUCGAUGCAGCAGGACGCUCGACUGAAACAGUGGUUCAAAGAAUGUGAACGUACUCUCAUCGUCGCUGCGAGUACACUAUCAACUGAGAGCCCCCGCAAGACGUUGACCGACUUUCCCCUUAUGCCUGCGCUCACCUACGACCAACUGAACCAGUGCCUUGAUCAGACGCUGCCAUCGAUGGGUCUGUGCGCCCGAGAUGUCGUGAACAUCUAUCCCUGCUCUUCCGUGCAACAGGGAAUGUUGUUGGCCCAGCUGCGCGAUCAGCAGGCAUAUCAGCAACGGUUAAGGUUCCAGGUUAACUCUCGCGGGCCAACAGAUCGACUUACAUUGGAAAGGGUGAAGGACGCUUGGACAGAAGUGAUCAACCGACAUGACAUCCUCCGUACUCUCCUUCUCCCAGUUUCGGAUUACAACCACCUGGACCAGGUAGUCAUGGCCCCUGGCAGCCUUCAGCACCUGGUUCGGAUGAACGCGAUGGAUGCCAAUCCCACGCAGGGCCUCCCUCACUCGAUUAACAUCACCAGCGACUCAACUGGCACCGUAAUCUGUGAGUGGAAUGUCAGCCAUGCCUUGGUCGAUGCCAUGUCGAUAGCUGUCAUUCAACGGGAGGUCAAUCAGGCGUUGCAAGGUUCGCUGGGACAGCAUCAAAAUCUCCCGCGAUACGCAGAUUACGUCCAAUGGCUUUCUCUGCAGGACAACACCGAGACGCAGGCGUACUGGCAAAAUUACCUCGAGGGAGUGGAGCCAUGUCUCUUUCCAAAACUGACGUCUUUGCCAGACAAAGUCAAUCCGGAAGGUACCAUUUCUGCCAUUCGUGCCACCUGGACUCGCGAUGCUCGAAUGCACGACCUAUGCCAGAAGCACGGGAUCACAUUGACAAAUCUAUUCCACAUGAUCUGGGCCCUUGUGCUCGGCGCCUAUGUAGGCACUGAUGAGGUUUGCUUCGGUUAUACUACCCUUGGUCGAGAUGUGCCGGUCGACGGGGUUGAGAAGAUGGUCGGCCCUUUAGUCAAUGUCGUUGCCACGAUCGUCCAGCUUCAAGAGGACGAUUCGAUCUUGAAUGCACUCCUCACCCAUCAAACCCAUCUCACCAAUAGUCUUCAACAUCAGCACUAUGCGUUGGCAGACUUGUAUGCCUCUUCAGGCCUGGUCGGCUCUCGGCUGUUUAACACUAUCGUAUCUUUGCAAGAUAUGUCUCACUUCGAUGCUCCAGACGAGCAGCCGACCUGGCUCGAAAUGCUGCCUGCAAAUGAUGUCUCAGAGUACGAUGUGGCCCUCAAUAUCGGUGUCGAUCAAUCGUCCAUUCAACUGGUCUGCAGCUACCGAACACUAUCGCUGUCUGCGGUGCAGGCCGACGCGCUACUGCGAACUGCCUCCCAUGUGCUGAGUGAGAUGCUGAGGGACCCCACGCAGCGGUUUUCGGAGCUUGAGGUGAUCAGCCCUGAGUGUAAAGAGCAACUCAUGAAAUGGAACGCUGCCAUGCCAGCCCCGACCGAGGAAUACAUCCAUGAGAAGAUUCAGGGCCAAUGCCGUCUCCACGCUUCCCGAGAAGCGGUUUGCGCCUGGGACGGCAUUUUUACCUACGCUGAAGUCGAUGACCUGUCGUCACGUCUCGCAGCACGGCUCAUUAGGAUGGGGGUUACCUCCGAGCACAUCAUACCAAUCUAUGCACCCAAAUCCCGAUGGACGGUCAUCGCCAUUCUAGGCGUUCUAAAAUCUGGGGCUGCCUUCACACUUCUGGAAACAUCACAUCCGAUGGCUCGACUGCAGGUGAUAUGCCACGAGAUCAAGGCUGAUAUGAUAAUUGCACCAGCAUCGCAUGCCGGUCCAGCGGCCAAUUUGGCUCCUAUCAUAGUCGGGCUCGACCGCAUCACGUCCAUGAGCCCCCAAACAUCCGAUCUCUUACCAACCGUGGGUAUGCCACCAGCCGCAGAAGCUCUCGCCUAUCUCAUCUUCACUUCAGGCUCCACAGGAAACCCCAAGGGGGUUAUGGUCACCCAUCAGAAUUUGUGCAGUAAUGCGUCGAUCAUGACAACAUCUGUUAAUAUGAUGUCCGACAGCAGGGUGCUACAGUUUGCAUCCCAUGCAUUCGAUGGGUGUCUUUGGGAAAUACUGGGUCCGCUAUUUGCAGGUGCUUGUCUGAUCAUCCCGUCCGAGUCGGAGAGCCAGGAAGACCUGGCUGGUUGCAUAGAGCGCAUGGUCGUCACUUGGGCAUUCCUAACCCCUUCUGUCGCAAGGAUUUUGAAGCCGGAGACCCUUCCCAGCCUCCGUGUCUUAACCCUGGGCGGCGAGCCGAUAGCGGCCUCGGAUUUGGAUAUGUGGCGGGGACACGUCCAGGUGGUGUGUGCCUAUGGCCCAACCGAAACCACCAUUCUGGCCAGCACGACCUCGCCCUCCACCUUCCCCACGGAUGGCAGGGACAUUGGCGUGCCAACCGGUAGCUCCCUUUGGAUCGUCGACAAGCGGAAUUAUCUCAAGCUGGCGCCUCUUGGAGCCACAGGCGAGCUGUUGAUUGAGGGCCCCAAUGUGAGCCAAGGAUAUCUGGGGGAUCCAGAGAAAACCAACGAAGCCUUCCCAGUCGCUCCACGCUGGCUGUCACAGCUCCGACAGUCGCCUACCAGGAUCUACCGAACCGGUGACUUGGUUCGCUUCGACACAUCUACGGGCACCAUUCGCUUCGUCGGACGCAAGGAUAACCAGAUCAAGUUCCACGGGCAGCGCAUCGAGCUUGGUGAAAUUGAACACCAUGCUCAGCAGGCCUUUUCGAAUUCCAGCACCGUCAUCGUCGAUUUGAUUACCCCUGCACAGCCUCAACGACCAUACAUCGUUGCUUUCGUACAUCAGCCGGAUACAAAGACUGCAACCGCCGAUCCCAUCGACGCCAUCCUGCUUCCUCCGUCCGAAUCCUUCCGAGCAGAGGCUCUGGGAGCGCAGAACCACAUGCACAAACGACUCCCGCACUACAUGGUCCCAACAGUCUUUCUUCCCCUGCAGUGGCUUCCUUUAUCAGGCACUGGAAAAGCCGACCGCAAGCGCCUCCGACAAUGUGCACUGGCUCUGCCCAGCCCUGACCUUGAUGCGUACCGCGCCACAGCCUUGAUGAAGCGUAUGCCUUCCACCGCAGCGGAGCGCAAAAUGCAAGAAUUGGUUGCAACUGUUCUUGGGAGGGGCGUAUCGGAGAUCGGCAUGGAUGACAGCUUUUUCUAUCUAGGAGGUGACUCCGUACAAGCAAUGCGGCUGGUGGCUGAGGGUCGUCAUCAAGGUCUUGCCCUCUCCCUUCGAGCAAUCUUUGACGCUCCGCGUCUGGGUGACCUUGCUUAUCGGACAACCAACCUGGUCAAAGUGAACCAGCCAAUCCAGGCCACAUCGCCUGUCACCUUACGUGAUGAAUGCAACCAUAUAGAGACAAUAGUUGCAACUCACCCCAUCAAGAAGACUGACGUGGUUGACGUCCUUCCCACAACCUCCUUCCAGCGCCACUGGCUAGACAUACAGUUGAUGAGCUACAUUGUGGUCGACAUACCAGGCCCUAUCGACCCGGAACGUCUCCUUACGGCCAUGCAGCGUGUCGUGGAGGCGCACCCAAUUCUCCGAGCCUCCUUCGUGCCUUAUGAAGACACCACCAUGCAAGUUAUCCUCCGCACCCGGGUGGCCAUGACCGCUGCCGACCUGUCCACCACUACCGUCGAAGACAUUUGCCGCCAGGAUGAAGAUGCCCCAAUGAUUCUAGGAACGCCAUAUAUGCGCGUCAUCCUAGCAAGCCAAGGCGACGUCGGCCAUAAACUAAUCAUGAGGCUUUCUCACGCCCAAUACGAUGCCGUCUCACUCUCCCUUCUCAUGAAUGAUCUGAGGCAUGCAUACGCAAACGAGACUCGUCCAUUCCCGUCAUCCCACUCCCCUCCGUUCACCGACUACAUUACCUACCAGCAAACUCUGAGAGCCGACCCCACAGCGACCACAUUCUGGCAUAGUCUCCUCCAAGACGUGCCAAUCACCUGUCUUAACCUCCAGCCAGCCGAGACCUCAACCAGCAAUGGGACUCCGAUAACGCGUACUCGCGAUAUUAACAUCUCUCCCUUCCCAUCACUCCCCAACGGUAUCACCAUAGCCACCGCAGUCAAAGCAGCUUGGUCCCUGGUCCUGGCCCAGAAGACUGAUUCUCUUGCCGUGAUAUUCGGGCAGGUCGUUCAUGGUCGGGGCAUUGCGCUUCCUGGGGUCGAGGGAAUCGUUGGUCCCUGUGCUAAUAUUACGCCCGUUGUUGCACGCCUGGGUCGUCAGACUGCAGGAUUGGAGCUAAUGCAAACAUUGCAAGACCAACACCGCUCUGCUAUGCCAUACGAGACGGUCGAUCUGGAUGACGCGCUGGCGUAUAGUAAGGAUUCGCAGGCCAGGCGGAAAGGGUUGCAAACAAUCGUGCAGCAUCAGAAUAACGUGGUGGUCGAUGAUAUGGAGUUGUCACUUGGAGAGGUGAAGUGUGGGGUAGAUGUGAGGGCAGUGGAUCAUGUACCACGAGAGGUAUGGAUUUAUUCAUCUGUUGAUGAGAAGAGGCCGCGGAUCUUGGAGGUGAAGAUCAUGUCGUCGACUUUGGUGCUGAAUGAGGAGGUUGCGGAGGAGUUGAUGGAUUUGCUUAUAGAGAAGAUUGUGGGGUUGUUCAGGGAUCCUGAGGGCGUGUGUGUUUGAUUGAGCUUUGUCACGGAGUGACAGUAGGAUUGAGACUGUUGUAGAUAGUUUGCUGAAUGGACAUGAAGUGAAGAUCCGUC